GCAGGCCGCAGGAGCAAGCAAUCUUGGAUGAAAAAACAAUCCAUAUGUUAGAAAGCCCAAAAAAGGGUUUGACCAAUUGAAAAGCCCAGAAACAGACGACGAAGAAGGGUGAAGGGCCCGGAGGGGUUUUGGCGGGAAAAAGUGGUGGGCCCCAUGGGAAAUUCCCGCCAUACGAGGGGAGGGAGGGAGUUAAUUAGAGCUCUAGUUCGGUUGUAGCAGGCUACAGAGAAGGAAGGUUUUGGGUGUUCUGGAAAAGAAUGGAGGCGUACGGAGGAUGCUUUGUUGAUGAGAAGGCAAUUAGAGUGGAGAACAUAUUCCUCGACUUCCUCAAGAGCUUCAGGGUGGAUCCACGAGUAGGGGAAUCGUAUUACGAAACGGAGAUACAGGCGAUGGAAGCCAACGGGUCAAGCACCAUGUUCAUCGACUUCUCGCAUGUCAUGCUUUACAACGACAUUCUCCAGAAGGCCAUCGCUGAUGAGUACUUGAGAUUCGAGCCGUACUUGAAGAAUGCGUGCAAGAGGUUCGUGAUGGAGCAGAAUCCCACGGUUAUUGCGGAGGCGGAUGAUAACCCCAAUAAGGACAUCAAUGUUGCCUUUUAUAACAUUCCCUUCACCAAGCGCUUGAGAGAAUUAACCACAGCAGAAAUUGGAAAGCUAGUAUCAGUCACAGGAGUAGUCACACGGACAAGCGAAGUCAGACCUGAGCUUCUCCAAGGAACUUUCAAGUGCUUGGAAUGCGGAAGUGUUAUCAAGAAUGUUGAACAGCAGUUCAAGUACACUGAGCCAACAACCUGUGUCAGUGCAACAUGUCUAAAUAGAACAAAAUGGGCAUUGCUUCGACAAGAGAGCAAGUUUGCAGAUUGGCAGAGGGUAAGACUGCAGGAGACUUCCAAAGAGAUACCUGCUGGCUCCUUACCUAGAUCAUUGGAUGUUAUUCUCCGCCAUGAGAUUGUCGAACUGGCUAGAGCAGGCGACACUGUCAUCUUCACCGGUACUGUUGUUGUGAUACCUGACAUAUUGGCACUGGCCUCCCCUGGGGAAAGAACAGAAUGCCGUAGAGAAGCUUCUCAGCGCAAGAAUUCUACUGCUGGACACGAAGGUGUGAGGGGUCUUCGUGCAUUGGGAGUUAGAGACCUAUCCUAUCGUCUAGCCUUUAUUGCCAAUUCAGUUCAGGUUUCUGAUGGCAGAAAGGAUGUUGACAUCAGAAAUAGAAAGAAGGCUGGUGAUGAAGAUGACCAACAGUUCACAUCGGAGGAGCUUAAGGAAAUUCAAAGAAUGAGAGAUACCCCCGAUUUCUUCAAUAAGCUUGUUGACAGCAUUGCACCAACUGUUUUUGGUCACCAAGAUAUCAAGCGAGCAAUUCUGCUUAUGCUUUUGGGCGGCGUCCACAAGUUUACUCAUGAAGGCAUCAAUCUGAGAGGAGACGUAAAUGUUUGUAUAGUUGGAGAUCCCAGCUGUGCAAAGUCCCAGUUUCUCAAAUACACAUCGGGUAUUGUUCCCAGAUCUGUCUAUACAUCUGGUAAAUCCUCUUCUGCUGCUGGAUUGACUGCAACUGUGGCCAAAGAACCAGAAACUGGUGAAUUCUGUAUUGAGGCAGGUGCACUGAUGCUGGCUGACAAUGGCAUAUGUUGCAUUGAUGAAUUUGACAAGAUGGAUGUCAGAGAUCAGGUUGCAAUUCAUGAGGCCAUGGAACAACAGACCAUAAGCAUUACUAAAGCUGGGAUACAAGCUACACUAAAUGCCCGGACAUCAAUUCUAGCUGCAGCAAAUCCUACCGGAGGGCGCUACGAUAAGUCUAAGCCACUCAAGUACAAUGUCGCUCUCCCUCCAGCUAUCCUUUCUAGGUUUGAUCUGGUAUAUGUCAUGAUCGAUGACCCAGAUGAUCAAACUGAUUACCAUAUUGCCCACCAUAUUGUGAGAGUUCACCAGAAGCGUGAAGAUGCACUUCAUCCUGCAUUCACUACUGCACAACUGAAGCGAUACGUUACAUAUGCGAAAACUUUAAAACCGAAGCUAACCUUAGAAGCAAGAAAACUCUUGGUUGAGUCUUAUGUUUCACUCAGACGAGGUGAUACGGCUCCUGGCAGCAGAGUUGCGUACCGGAUGACAGUUAGGCAGCUGGAAGCAUUAAUCAGGUUGUCUGAGGCCAUUGCUCGGAGUUAUUUGGAAACUCAGGUGCAACCUCGACAUGUUCGUGUAGCGGUGAGAUUGCUGAAAACAUCUAUAAUAAGUGUGGAAUCCACUGAGAUUGAUUUGUCAGAAUUUCAAGAAGGAAAUAGUGAAGGUGCUGAUGAUAGAAAUGAUAAUUCUGGCCAACCUGAUGCUGAACCAGCUGAUCCAGCUUCGGGGAGUACAGGAGUAGGUUCUGCCAAUCAACAAAAGCAAGAAUAUAGGGUAAAGGAAGAAUAUUUUCGGCGGGUUACUCAAGCCCUUGUAAUGCGACUUAGACAGCAUGAAGAAGCUGUAAAGCAAGAAGAGACUGGGCUGGCUGGAAUGAGUCAGGGUGAUUUAAUCCAGUGGUAUGUGAAUCAGCAGAAUGAGAAAAACAACUACAGCUCCACUACAGAAGUGGAAAUAGAAAUUAAACGAAUUAGAUCACUUAUUGAGAGAUUGAUUCGGAGGGAAGGUCACUUGAUUGUGAUUGAUGAUGGUAGGCAAGAAGAGGGUGAAGGUGCAGCACGAUCAGCUAGAGAUAGCAGGAUUUUAGCUGUGGCUCCUAAUUAUGCCAUGGAUUAAUGUGAAAUUCCAUUACAACUAUGAGUCAAUGUGAAAAUGCAUUUUAGGUUCUGCUUGCAUGAUUGGAAGAUUGCUAUGGUUAAAAAAUUUGCAACAAAAAAACUGUCAAGAGUUUAAAGUUUGGUACCAUUUGCAGGUUAGUGCUAGUUUUUGCUUCACUAGUAACAACUUUUGUUUUG